CAAUGGAACAAGCGAGCUCUCGAGAUGAAUCAGUGCAGUCUAGACUCGCUCUGUCCGGGACUGGACGUUGCGACCAGUGAACACGCUCGUGCUCUCCAGUAGCCACUGACCAUCACUGGCGCGCGCGAAAACACGGACUAACUAAAGAGACGGAGCGACAUCUUCAUCGAUCCGAGAUGAGACCUCACAUCAGGCUGACGGCUGCUGCAGUCACCGUGCUGCUGGUGUCUGUGUUGUCCUUCAAUGUCGACCAAAAGAAUGCGCUGUCCUUUGACGGUCCCCUGGAGGACAUGUUUGGAUACACCGUCCAGCAGUUUGAGAACAGCGAGGGCAAAUGGGUUCUGAUUGGGUCGCCGCUCUCAGGUCAACCCGCCCGGCGGACGGGAGACGUCUACAAAUGCCCCGUGGGGAGGGGGGGCAACAAGUGUGUCAAACUGGAGCUGCCAAGAAACACAACAGUUCCUAACUUGAAUGAAGUGAAGGAGAACAUGACCAUGGGAACCACGCUCGUCACCAAUCCCACUGGAGGAUUUCUGGCCUGUGGUCCUCAGUACGGCUACAUGUGUGGUCAGCAGCAGUACAUCUCUGGCGUGUGCGCCAAUGUCAGCUCUUCCUUCCAGAUCCUCAACUCCAUGGCACCGGCAGUGCAAGACUGUCCAAAGGAACUGGACAUUGUGAUCGUCCUGGACGGCUCCAACAGCAUCUUCCCAUGGCACAGCGUUGUUGACUUUCUGAUCCGUUUCAUUGAGAAAAUAGAAGUGGGGCCCAAACUCUCACAGGUGGGCAUCGUGUCUUACGGUGAGACUGUCACCCACCGGGUCAACCUCAGCCAGUUUGACAACACAGCUGAUUUGCUGGCCUACGUGAGGAGGCUUCCUCAGCACACGGGGGUCAGGACCAUGACCUUCGAUGCCAUUAAUACAACCAGGAGGGAGGCCUUCAUGCCAGAGCGGGGCGCACGACCCGGGGUCAAGAAAGUGAUGGUGGUCGUAACUGAUGGAGACGCACAUGACUCCCAUAAACUGGAAGAGGUCAUCACAGACUGCAAAGAUGAUGGCAUCGAGAGGUUUGGCAUCGCGGUUUUGGGAGACUUCAACAGGCAGAACAAAAGCGCAGCCGAGGUUCAGAAGUUCAUCAAAGAGAUCGAGGCCAUUUCCAGUCCCCCUUUGCAUGACCACUUCUUCAACGUGUCUGAUGAAGUGGCCUUGCUGAGCAUUGUGGAUGCUCUGGGAUCCAAAAUCUUUGCUUUAGAAGCUACGACUGGCAACUUCACAUCUUCUUUUGGAAUGGAAAUGUCUCAAGCUGGCUUCAGUGCACAUACUUCUAAGGAGGUAGUGCUGCUGGGAGCGGUCGGAGCUUACGACUGGAAUGGGACCGUGGUGAUGCGCGUUCCGAGUGGAUCGAUCGUCCCGGAGAAGACUGACUUUUAUGACCCCAAAACUGAGGCAGGUUACGAAGCAUUGGCUGGCUACCUUGGUUAUGAUGUUCAGUCGGCGACCACUCGGGAAGAAGUCUUGUACAUCGCCGGUGCGCCUCGAUACAACCACACGGGCCGCGUUGUUGUCUACCGACUGAAGGACAACAAGACUGUCGUUUCACAAAUUCUGAAAGGGGAACAGAUCGGAUCGUACUUUGGCAGCGUCCUGCAGACUGUGGAUGUAGACGGAGACUCCUACACAGAUCUGCUGCUGGUCGGCGCCCCGAUGUUCAUGGGCUUGGAGAAGAACGAGCAGGGACAGGUUUACGUUUACAAACUCAGCAAGCAUGGGAAGUUUGAACAUGAGUUCACUCUGAUGCCUGUCAAUCAGUCUUGUUGCACCGCCCACUCCGAAAGCUGCACCAACCAGAACGAACCCUGUGGUGCCCGAUUUGGCACCGCCAUAGCGGCAGUAUCUGAUCUGAACCUGGAUGGGUUCAACGACGUGGCGAUUGGUGCGCCAUUUGAGAACGACCACAGAGGCGCCGUCUAUAUUUAUCAUGGAGAAAGUACUUCACUGAAAGAGAAGUUUGUGCAACGUAUUCCAGCAGGCGGAGACGGAAGCAAGGUGAAGUUUUUCGGUCAGUCCAUUCACGGAGUGAUGGAUCUGAAUGGAGACGGAAUAACAGAUGUGACCAUCGGAGGUCUCGGCGGAGCUUCCCUCUUCUGGUCGAGAGAUGUGGCGGAGCUCCAUGCCGUCAUGACCUUCGACCCUGCCAAAAUCAACCUGCAGCAGUCUCAGUACCAAUGUGAACGCGCCGGACGCAGAUCCGUGUGUGUGACAACCGAAGUGUGUUUCACCUUCAGGAUCAAGUCUGACAAGCAGGAUUUAAACCUGGAUACAGAGAUUCAGUACAUUCUGAGUCUAGAUGCUCUUCGUGCCAAAGCCAGGGCUUCAUUUCUGGAUUCUGAUGAGAAGAGUGAUCGCAGGAUUACCAGGAGCGUCAUCAUGAAAGACCGAGAGAGGAAGUGUGUAAAGGAGACCUUCAUCAUGUCGACCCGACUGGACUUCCGAGACCCUCUCAUGGUGUCCUUAGAGUUCCGACUAGCUGAUGAAGACAAAGGACCUGUGCUGGAUGAAAGUCUUCCCACAUCCAUUAAUAAGACCAUUCCUCUCGUGGACUGUGGGAGCGACCAGCGGUGCGUUGCUGACCUCUCGCUUCACGCUGAGUCAAAUGUGAAGACGAUGGUCAUUAAGGCAAACAAAGAAAAGAUAGACGUAAACAUCAAAGUCCGGAACAGUCAAGACAACGCGUACAACACCAAAGUCAUUGUCAUCUUCUCGCCAAAUGUCAAUUACGUGAAAGUGGAGCCAGACAAAGACUGCACACUGAACAACACCAAAGUGGAGUGUGCUGUUGGGUACCCCUUCCUGGGAAGCAAUACCGAGGAGGAUUUUAAAGUCAGGUUUGAGGUGAAUCCUCUUCAUGUUGAGCGACACAUUCAAAUCAACGUGACCGCAACAAGCGACAGUGACGAGCUGCCGUCGACUCUGAAUGACAACUCUGUGCAGAUUUCUAUUCCAGUGACGUAUGAAGCUGGACUCAUCUUCUCUGUGCGACCAGUAGAGGAGCACAUCGUGGUGAAAGAGGGCGAGACCUAUGCCAGCGUUUUUAACGACACCAGAAUGAUCGGGGAAGAAGUCAACAUCUCCUACACUAUCACGGCCGACGCAGUGACCCCUCCUCUCACCCUCACUGUCCUGUAUCCUCAGUAUUCUCCUCGUGAUAAUGACCUGCUCUACCUGACCAGUGUGAUCGCCAGCCCGCAGGUGAAAUGUCAUGCGGCUCAUUUGAUCAACACUAAAAUGCUCAACCCACAGUUCACAAAGCCGAACCCCAAACCUGAAACUCUCAGUGCCUACUUACUGAGUUGUGAAAACCUUGUCUGCCAGUCGUUUCAAUGUUCCAUCCCAGAGGCCAAAUUCAGUCAGGUCAAUGUCACAUUCAGGGUCUGGAAACCAACCUUUAUUAAGGCGGAGUUCUCCAGCCUCUACAUGUUGGUGAGCGCCACGCUGCGCACUGGCAGUGACCUGUUCAUUCUGAGCAACAGUGCGAGCAGCAGAAGCGUGAAGAUACAAGUUUCCAAAGAAACUCUGGGUGGAAUUCCUAUAUGGAUUAUCAUCAUCAGCAUCCUGAUCGGCCUGCUCAUCCUGGCACUUGUCAUCUUCGCUCUUUGGAAGAUGGGCUUCUUCAAGAGAAAAUCCAGGGAUUACUCGAAAGACGACAUGAUGGACUGAGUUUUCCUGACAGCUUUGACUCUGAGUGACUCGCUUUGAGCCGCCAUGUCUCCCAAAGUGACAGGCAGUGUUUCUGAAAUGCCCGAGGAGAGUCCACUCAGGCCCAGAGUUGCUUCAGUGCCAUGACACGGAGAAGAAAUGAUUUCCUCCAGUAGUGUUUUUAAAUUCCGGCUAACCUCUGGGACAAAGACUCAUCUGGAAAUCUCUCAAGCUUUUAAUGUCACAUGCAAUUGCAAUUAGUUGUUUUAUGGGUACUGACAUGGAGUCAGGAACUCCAGCAGCAGGACCAAAGAAGACGAUGACAUCGCUGCAGUGGUGGGCACAAGAGCAUCAAUACUCCGAGCUGCAAUGGCGCUACUGUCGCUGAAAUGGAGGAACUUUCUCGGGUGUUUACCACAGAGCAGCGGUGCCCAGAGCUCGAGUCGGAACCAAAAAUGACGCCUUCUGAAACACUGAAUAUUUUAGCUUUUAAAAAAAUAUAUUUUUUGUUUGUGUUGUUGAGUUUAACGGUAUAGCACAGCACAUGUUGUUUGUGUUGAAGCGCUGAACAACUUGGACCAAGUUCCAGACCUCUGCUUUGCAACAGGACAACAGCUUUUCUAGUUCCUCAAAAUGUGUUAAAACUCAUCUUUAUUUAAAUUCAGUAUAGUUCCUUAAGUGUUGCAAGAGAGGCUGAGACACGUUUCAAAGUAUUUCACAGAGAGAAGACAUGAAUACAAGAUGUUGAGAUCAUGAUCACAACUAAAAUGCCUUUAUCUUGACACUCUAGGACUUCUUCUUUAAACUUAUCUUACACUUCCUCCCCAGUCCCACCUGCCUCUUCCUUCAUCUGGUGAAACCUGUCAACACCCUUCCGUGUCCCUUUCCUCUCCACGUGUACAAACCAUUUGUGCCACGGACAGAUUCAAUAACUUGGAAUUUCAAAACAACAAUAACAAUACAAUAAUUGCCUGUGACUGAAAACACAUGUUGGUAAAUAUAAAAAAACUCUCAACGUUGGACGAAAUUGAUAGAGCAUGAGAGAAAAAAGCAAAGAGAGUCAAACGGCUUCCAUGAGGACACCGGGUGAUGUUGGUUAGUGGCAGCACAACAGUGAGUGAUGCUGUUUCAUUGCAAGACGGAUUGUGUGUUCUUUGUUGGUGGUUGAGUGGCUGUAUGUGCCACACGAGGCACAACAACCAGCAGAGGGCGUCCCCUGCCUCGUGGCCUAUGUAUGUAUGUAUGUAAGCUCUCACCAACCAUUUCUCCUCAGAUCAGCGGACACUUGGUUGUUCAAUUUGUUGACCAGUGACCAGCUUAGGCUUUUAUGGCUUCAAAGACCGGAGUCCUGACGAGUCAGGAAAGAGUUGAGCAGGGAUUUGGGACAUUUUGGCCCAGGCUGUAAUUUCACAGGACAUAAUGAAGGAACCAACUCAUGUCCACGUGUUUCUUUAUGCUUCAUGCCUCACUUUUUAGAUUUAACGCUGUAUAUAAUGAUAAAAAUGUGAGUUUGUAAAUAUUAGUAUGAUCUGUUGCUGUGUUGCAGUUGUUGUGUAAUUUAAAAACAUCACAGUUGCCACUUCUCUCAGGUGCCUCAAGAACUAUGGGCAUUCGUCAUCAUGCAAAUGUGUAAAUAUGUGGAUAAAAUAAAGGUUCACAGGAAAUGUAUUGAAAACAUGCACAA